AUGUCACGCAAAUGCGAGAAGAAGAGACGCAUCAGUAGCCGACAGCAGCAACAUGCGCGCACUCACUGGGCGGGCGAGAUGCGCGCAGUAGGCAAUGGGGGCAAAAUGCUUGAACAUGCUCCUCGGGUCAAUAUUGCACAGGUCCACGGUUCCCUGUCCGCACCGUUCACUCCUGCAAAAGAAUCCGGUCUGGACAACUGCGCGCUGGGACGCGGCGUCGUCAACAAAGUCGAGAGAAAGUCGAGAGACGUGGGUACCAGGUCGACGUUGACGGAGGCAAAGCAGACGUGCAGGGUGUGGCCGGCGGCCCUAGACGAACCUUGCAACGAGCAUGAGCUGGUCAUGCGAGAGGGAACGGGAACAGGCGCUGCUGUCAAGGAGGAGCCGGAGGAAGGAUGUCUUGCCACUGCAACGACCAGCGACCAUGAGGGUGUAACUGGGAAAGCCUGCCACUGUUACCCUCACCUCGUUGCCGCCGUCUGUGCUCCUGAGCCCGCCGGAAUUGCCGCCCUGAGCGCGAGCCUCGAGACUGACAGCCAGCCUCAAGACUGGCAGUCAUGUACACGGCCUCGCCCGUGCUCCCUCGGCGUACUCUCGUCCCCCUCAUGCUCUCGUCCCCUCACGCUCUCGUGUCCUACCCUUGCUCCCGCACUCUUGUGUCCUGCUCUCACGUUCAUACUAUCUGGCCCAUCGCGCACCGGCUCUAAGGCGGGUAUGCAGGCACGGCCGACGAACACAUGCCACACGCACGAGGUCGAGCGCGAGCGAACGGCGGGCAUGGGUAGAGACGAGGUCGAGUUUUGUCUCGCAGCUCGCUCCUUAUCAUGCUCGCGCGCCACGCCGCGUGAGGUUCUCGGUACUCUAGGGUACGGGUCAGCCGUUGGAUACCUGGCAUUUCCCAGUGCUUUGCACGCUGCCGCCGCAGAACGGGAGGAGGUUGGCUUUGUGAUAGCAUGGAUAGUGUCGAAGCAGUUAACCCCCAGUAGUAGUCGAUAG